AUGACUUUACUUACCACAUACAUCAUUGCACCAUCAUUUCGCUCCCCGGCAUCGCCAUCGUCGUCGCCCGUUUCUGAGUUUCACGACGGUCACGACGACUCUUCUGCGUACACCUUUUAUCACUGGUCGCGAAUCGACGAAUUUGUCUACUUCAGCCAUCAGUUUGUGACCGUUCCACCCUGCGGCUGGGUGGAUGCAGCCCAUACGCAUGGUGUGCCCAUCUACGGGACCAUCAUCACCGAGUCGGCGGCCGGCGAGGAGACGUGUCAGCAGCUACUGCGCUCGCAGGAAGUGGUGGAGGUGGUUGUGGAGCGGCUCGUGGCCGUCAGCCGCCACCACGGUCUGGACGGGUGGCUGCUCAACAUCGAGAACGCUAUCGAUCCUGCACAGCUGCCCUUGCUACGGCACUUGGUAGCCCAACUCACGAGCCGCAUGCACCAGGAGAUUGAGCACUCGCGUGUCAUCUGGUAUGACUCAGUGACCCGUGACGGCGAGCUCCGCUGGCAGGACCAGCUCAACGAACAGAACGAGUGCUACUUCGAUCUGUGUGAUGGCAUAUUCCUCAACUACGGCUGGACGCCGGAGCGGCUGGCGGCGUCGGGCGAGCGGGCCGGCCGGCGCCGCGCCGACCUGUACGCCGGCGUCGACAUGUUCGGCCGUGGCUCGCUGGGUGGCGGCGGAUUCAACGUAAUCCAGCCGGUGGCCGAGUCGCGCUGGCUGGGUCUCUCGACGGCGCUGUUCGCCCCCGGAUGGACACACGAGCGGCUCGGCGCCGACCGGUUCGCGCUGGCCGAGGACGUGCUGUGGUCGCGGCUCUCGACACUACUCGGCGCCCGUGGACCCGCCCGUCUGCCGCUCGUCACCGACUUCUGUCAAGGCCGCGGACUGAAGCUCUGCGCCGACGGCCAGGUGACACGCGCCAAGCCGUGGCAUCGGCUUUCGGCCCAGAGUCCGCAGCCGACCUUCCUGCAGACGCGGCGGCCGGCCGAGCUGGCGCUGACCGACGCCGACGGCCGGCCGGUGCAGGCCGGCUUUGCCCUGCGCGCACCAGCCCUCGGCGCCUCGGCAAAACGGGAAGAUGCUCGUACGAUGGAACAGCGCCGGCUCGAAGCUGUCUCUGCCGCUGGUGAGGUGCUACCCCAGCCGGGCUGGCAGGUGCGCCACACAGAUAAGGACGCCUUCAGUGGUGGCGGCUGUCUGGCCGUCAGCAACGCCUCAGACCAGGACGGCGUGUUCAGGCUGUUUGCGUGUGACCUGAGCCUGAGCUCCGGCCGGCAGUCGCUGGCCGUGCUGUACGCCGUGAAGACGACGGACGACGGCUGCGCCCUCUGCGUGGAUCUGACGGAUCGGCGGGAGCCGGGUGUCAGCCGUUACGUGCUAGAGCCACCCAGCGGCCUGCUGGGGACCGAGCCGGGUCUGCGAGCCGACGCCCGUCGUCUGUCAGUGCACCUGCCGGUGCCGGCUGACCAGGCGGAGGCCCGACUGGCGGGCCGUCCUCUGCCCGGUCCGGGUCACAACGGCUGGCAGAUCAGACACUACCUGUUGCCGGUGUCCGGGGACGACCCGCGGGUCGUCUCGAUCGGUCUGUUCCUGGCGGCGCGCACCUCGCUGCUAAUCGGCUACCUGGCGCUGCAGUCAACCCAGCCGCCCUAGGGCCUGCCGCCAGCCCGGCCGCGGGGCUGGUCAGCCUGGCGCCGCGGCAGCCAGAGCCUUCAUGCUGAUGCGAUCGGGUCACAACUGGGAGCAAUGACAAACGAAGUCAAGUUUUUUUUUUACUUCUCCGUUCGUCGAACGGGCUGAAGAACAGAGCGGUUUCCACCGUGAUGUGUAUUUUCCUGUGCGUUCCACUGCGGUUUGGAAUAAAUGAUAAAUCCAUAUGAAUACA